CCUGUGUCUGCUAAUUGCCUUUAACCAAAGGAAAAAUCGAUUUCCCCUAUCUUUAUGACAAGGGGUAGCUUGCAACUAAGAGCUAGGCACCAACAGAAGUUAGGCUCCUACCCUCCCACAGGAACUGAGAGAGAGAGCACUAUCCUCCUUAAUUAUUACAUUUCAAAGAGUUGGCUCCCAGGUCCUUAAGAAAAACAUUCCGGGGUUGUAAAACUGGCAAGAGGUUUAUUUACCUUUUAAGAUCUACAUUCUCGCAAAGCAGUAGAAAAAGUAUUCACAAUUACAAGUUUUCUAAAGUAAACUGCUUUCAGAAAAGUGAAGAGAAGGAGUCUUUUCCCUUUUUGCUCCAGGGAAAAUUAAAUUCUCUUUUUCUUCUAAUUUGUAUUCACCCUUACACCACUGUUUCACAAAUAACAUCACCGUUAAGAUUUACUAAAUGCUCACUAUAUACCAGGUGCUCUGCAUACAACUGCCUCAGUUAAUCCUCUCAACAACCUAAAAGAGAGAUACUGUUAUUACUACCCCUACAGGGCCCACAAAGGUUAAGUGACUUGCCCACAAGAUCACACGUUGAGUAAAUGCCUGAGUUAGGAUUCCAGACCAGGGCUGUACGAUUCCAAACUCAACGACUUUAGUCUCCAGGCUACCAGGCUGCCAGAGACACGGCUGAAAUCCAGCAUUAGUUCUUACAGGGUCCCAUCCUUGACUAAGGGACUGAGGGGUGGGGUGGGGUGGAGAAGGGAUUGGGUUGGGGGUAGAAGGCUACCGCAGGCGCCAAGGAACUCCCAAAAUAACCCCGGCCCGAGGGCCAGAAAUGUACUGAGAGAUUAAGGACGGGAUGCAUGCCUUCCAAAAAGUGGCAUUUUAGAAUUUAUCCAGCACCCCAGCACACUGCUAAACGUGGGCACACAACCACCACGGCCCUAUCACGCACAGCGGGAACCCAGUCUCUGAGCUCCACCCCGUGCGUCGCGUCAUCAGAGUCCCGCCAGCCAAUCCAUUCUCUCGGUCUUCGUCUGCUCGGGUAUUGCAACUGCCUCCAUUGAUCGAGCCUGGGCCAGCAUGGCGGCGUCCAUGUAACCCGGCCCGCGCCGCAAAGGGAACGGCGGCGGCAGCGCGGGCCCCGCUGGGGUUAGAGGUCAUCAUGCUCAGGGUCGCGUGGAGGGCGCUGAGUUUGAUUCGGACCCAGGCCCCAGUUCUCGGGCUGCCGGGCGGUGGGAGCGACAGGUUUCCUUUCAACCAGCGGGGCCUGCAGCCUGGAAGUCUCCUUCUCCAGGCCGCGCGCGGACAUGUCAUCCAGAAACCAGCCCAGCCUGGGCAGGAUGAUGACCCGCCUCCUUCUACACUGCUCAAAGACUACCAGAAUGUCCCUGGAAUUGAGAAGGUUGAUGAUGUCGUGAAAAGACUCUUGUCUUUGGAAAUGGCCAACAAGAAGGAGAUGCUAAAAAUGAAGCAAGAACAGUUGAUGAAGAAGAUUGAUGCAAACCCGGAGGACACCAGAUCCCUGGAGGCUCGAAUUGUUGCCUUGUCCGUCAAGAUCCGCAGUUAUGAAGAACACAUGCAGAAACAUCGAAAGGACAAAGCCCACAAACGCUAUCUGCUGAUGAGCAUUGACCAGAGGAAAAAGAUGCUCAAAAACCUCCGUAACACCAACUAUGAUAUCUUUGAGAAGAUAUGCAGGGAGCUGGGGAUUGAGUACACCUUCCCCGCUCUGUAUUACCGAAGAGCCCACCGCCGAUUCGUGACCAAGAAGGCUCUGUGCAUUCGGGUUUUCCAGGAGACUCAAAAGCUGAAGAAGCAAAAAAGAGCCUUAAAGGCUGCAGCAGCAGCCGAAAAACAAGCAAAGCAGAGGAACGCAGACAGCCCUGCCAAAGCUGGACCAGAGACACUCAAAGACAGCCAAUAAAUUCUGUUUAAUCAUUUC